AUGGAAGAAGAAGGCCAAGAUGCGCUGGUCGACUACGACAGCGAUAGCAGCUUUAUCACGGUAAUAGAUAGAGAAGCAAAAGAUAAAAACGAGGAGACAGUAAGAAAAGAUAGAGAAGCAAAAGAUAAAAAGAAGAUGGAAAGAAGAGGUGCAAUCCCGAAAAAGAACUUGCCUAAAGUCAGAGAGAAUAUAGAUGUGACCAAAGCAUGGGAAGAGAACCGUCCAGUACUGCCAAUUGGAACCAAAAUAUUAUAUGAAAAGCAAGAAAAAUUGGUCGCAAAAAUGGACAAUUCGAUGCAGAUGCUGGAUAAAGUAAUGACGAAGGCCACCGAGAUGAUGGAGAAUAUGGUGGAAGUCUCCCGUUUAAACUUAGAGAAAGAAAAAGUUAAACUUAGACGUUUAGAGUUAGAAGCAGAGACUAAAAACGAGAAUAGAGAAAAAUUAGAGAAACCCGAAGUCAGGGUACAGAGGGCUGCUGCAGAAGAGAACAUGAAACAAGUGAAGUGCUACAGAUGCAACCGAAUGGGUCAUAUGGCGAAGGACUGUCCACUAAUAGAAUCUGGUUUUGUUACUACUGCCAGGAGAUACGAGGUCACAAGGGUGAUAAUUGUCCGAGUGCCGAAGCCCAGGCGAACAGAGCUAGAGGAAAAAGGUAUUUAA